AUGGACAAGCUCGAACGAAAAAUCGAACGCGCCGGCUUCUUCAAAACAGCCCAAGCGCUGCGUCUAGCCGAACACUACCUCCAACUGGGCAACUGCAAUUCCAAAUUCUGGACCCACCAGGCCAUCCGCCUCGACUACAAGAUCAGAGAGUGCGUGCAGUGGGAGAUCCGCAUCCAGGAGCAGUACGCGUGCCUCGAACACCAGGCCAAACACCAUCCUCUCUCCGACGAGGAGCUGCAGACCUUCCGCAUCCUCGCGAAUGAGAUCGACGAGCUCGAGCGCGUCUACUGGCGACUGACUAGCGAGCUGCAGCGGGUCACUAGCACCAAGUUCAGGGGACCCUUGCAGCGGGCGUAUGCGGCGCUGCAUGAGCAUCCCGGGUGGUUCAUGUCGAAGCAUGACCGGAAGAAGUGUGCGGAGCGCGGGGGUUGUUGUGCGAGGGACUGUGGUUGUUGCAGCCGGCCGAGGGCGACGCGGAGGGUGAGGAACUUGGGCCAUUGCACGGACCAGUGCCCGUGUUGCUGGCGUGUGUAUGGGGGCAAGAGGCACUGGCCGGCUAAGACGGUGAAUGUUGAUUCGGAGAGGAUUGGUUUUCGGGAGGUGAUGGCUCAUGUGUGGGGGAUCUGA